UCUCGCUCCAGUGUCGUCACGGGAGCGGCCGACACCAUGGACACCUCACGGGCUCUGCUGCUCUUCCUGCUCCUGGCCUCCGGAGCCGGGGUCCUCGCCCACAGGGCCUCUUCUGGAGUUCCGCAAACCAAUUUCUCCUCGGACUCAGAAAGUUCUUCCCAGGACCCACGUUCGAAAGUCUCCUCCACCAAACCCCCCAGCUGGAAAUUUCCAGAUCAGUCUCCAGCUUCCAGAACCACUGCUGCUAUCCCUCAGCCCAGACAGUUUCCUGAGGCCUCGAAUUUUAAUGAGGUGCCUAGGCCCUUCCGGUCUAAUGUUUCUGCUGAGGGCCAGAAGUUGAGCCUGGAUCUUACCUUCCCUGAGGGCCUUGGUUCCGAAGUAUUUUCUGAUAUCCCCAGUUCUCAAGUUCCUGCUGAAGACUCGGAGCCCUCCUUCUCGGUUAAGGCCCCAGCUUCAAACAUUUCUGCUCAAGUCCCGGAUACUGAAGUUGCGACCCCAGGUUCACAAUUUUCCCCUGAGGACCAGGAUCUUGAAAUUUCUGCCCAGAACCCUGAAUCCAGAGUAACUGCGGUAGCCCGUCCAGUGGGAAGCUUCCCCCAGCAAGUAGGGAGGCCUCUGUCAGUGCUAGUGGGCACCGCCAUCCAGCUGCCUCUGGUUCCGCUUCCCAGCCUUGGCCCGCCUGCCCUGGUGGUCUGGCGCCGAGGCUCCAGGGUGCUUGCAGCUGGGGGCCUGGGGCCCGGGGCUCCCCUGAUCAGCUUGGAUCCUGCUUACCGGGACCGCUUGCGAUUUGACCAGGCCCAGGGGGGCCUGGAACUUGCCUCUGCCCAGCUAGAGGAUGCUGGGGUAUACACUGCAGAGGUCAUCCGGGCUGGCGUCUCCCAGCAGAUUCGGGAGUUCACGGUGGGUGUGUAUGAGCCCCUACCCCAGCUGUCUGUGCAGCCUGAGGCCCCCGAGGUAGAGGAGGGCGCGGCCGAGCUCCGGCUGCGCUGCAUGGGAUGGGGGCCGGGUCGCGGGGAGCUGAGCUGGAGCCGCGACGGACGCACCCUGGAGGCAGCGGACCCUGAGGGAGCGGAGCCACCCCGGAUCCGCACACAGGGCGACCAGCUGCUCAUCGGGCACCCUGUGCGCAGCGACCACGCCCGGUACACUUGUCGCGUCCGCAGCCCCUUCGGCCACGCGGAGGCUGCGGCCGACGUCAGCGUCUUCUACGGCCCGGAUCCGCCGGUCAUCAAGGUCUCCUCGGACCGCGAUGCCACCCCCGCCCUCUAUGUCACGGCGGGCAGCAACGUGACCCUGCGCUGCACCGCCGCCUCGCGGCCGCCCGCUGACAUCGCGUGGAGCCUGGCCGACCCGACGGAGGCAGCGGUGCCCGCUGGCCCGCGUCUCCUGCUGCCCGCGGUCGGGCCGGGCCACGCCGGUGCCUACGCCUGCCUAGCUGCGAACCCGCGCACCGGCCGCCGCCGCCGCUCGCUGCUCAGCCUCACGGUGGCAGAUCUGCCUCCGGGGUCCCCACAGUGCUCAGUGGAAGGCGGCCCGGGGGACCGCAGCCUCCGCUUCCGCUGCUCAUGGCCCGGCGGGGUCCCCGCGGCCUCGUUGCAGUUCCAGGGUCUCCCUGAAGGCGUCCGCGCAGGGCCGGCGCCCUCUGCGCUGCAGGCGGCUGUCCCCGCUCACCCCCGGCUCAGCGGCGUCCCCGUCACCUGCCUCGCUCGCCACCUGGUGACCACGCGCACCUGCACUGUCACCCCGGAGGCCCCUCGAGAGGUGCUGCUGCGUCCAGGAGUGGAGGAAACACGGUCAGGGGAGGUAGAGGUGGUGCUGGAGGCAACUGGCUGUCCUCCACCAUCCAGAGCAUCUUGGGCCCGGGAAGGGCGGCCCGUGGCCCCAGGAGGAGGGGGUCACCUGCGGCUCAGCCCAGAUGGGCGCAGGCUCCUCAUUAGCAACUUCAGCCUGGAUUGGGACCUGGGAAAUUACUCCGUGUUGUGCAGUGGGGCUCUGGGUGCCGGGGGCAACCAGAUCACCCUCAUUGGACCUUCUAUCUCCUCGUGGAGGCUGCAGAGAGCCCGGGACGCAGCAGUGCUGACUUGGGAUGUGGAACGCGGGGCCCUGAUCAGUGGUUUUGAGGUGCAGGCACGACCAGAAGGCCCUGACCUGGGUAGAGCCACCACCUACAGGGAUUGGAUCACCCUGCUCAUCUUGGGGCCUCAGGAGCGGUCAGCUGUGGUGCCCCUUCCUCAUCGGAACCCCGGGACCUGGGUCUUCCGUAUCCUGCCCAUACUGGGGGGCCAGCCAGGGAUCCCAUCACAAAGCCGAGUCUACCAGGCCCGCCCCACCCUGAGCCCAGGGGCCAUUGCUGGAAUCGUCCUGGGCUCCCUACUCGGCCUGGCGCUCCUGGCAGUGCUUCUCUACCUGUGCAUCUGCUGCCUGUGCAGCAUUAGGGGUAAGCGAGGGACUAAAAAGAAGCGUCCUCCCUCUUUACCACCUGUGGUCCCCCCACUGGAAAAGAAGAUGCGGAACGUAAUCCCGGUGCAGACCCCACCGCCUCUGCCUCUCAAAGUCCCGCCGGAGGACCCGAGCCCAAAUUGGGCUCACCGCGCCACUGGGCCCAGUCCAGUCAUCUCUCUGGGUGGGGGUCCAAAGACUGUCCGGGCAGCCACACAGGUGUGACCGGGGUUAGUGACCCACUCUGCACAGGAUUUUUUUGGAUAGGACUUCCUGUUUCACCUAGGCAGCAAGCAGGACCAUCCUGUCCUUCUGUGACUGAAGACUAGACCCUGAAAGUGGAACUUCUUGUCUCCCUCUCAGUGCAGAAGACUCUAUUUGUGUUUGCACAACCAAGCCGCUGUGACUCCUGGGCUGGGAGAGAUGCCUGCUGAUCUACUAGUGUGAUUUGCACACCCUCUAGGCAGGGAAGAAGUCUUCCUACAUCUACUUACUUCUCCAGGCCACCCCCCACGCAGCUCCCAGGGUCUUCGUUUAUGUUUGUUUUUUAAUUUGUUUUUAAUGUUUAUUUUUGGGAGAGAG